GAGACAAUACGAUUGCUAAUAAUAUACUAUACUAAUAAGUCAGGGGACGAGGGUUUUGACGGCGCCAUGCCGAUUUGUUGUGUGUGUCCAAAUUACACCGCAAAGACUAGAGGCAAGGGUGUUACUUACCACAGGUUCCCACAGGAUAGGGCCAAGUUAGAAAAGUGGCUAACAGCUGUGGAGAAACAUCUACGACCUGGGUGGACAGCUGACCGGAUCCGUAACACACAAUACCCAGCAGCGUAUGUGUGUACCGAACACUUCUCCUCUUCUUGCUCCUCGGUUAAUUUGAAGACCAGAUUUUUCCAAGGCAAGUUUCCUGCGAAAGUGUUGUCGGAGGAUGCUAUACCCACCAUUUUUGGCGAAAUGACAGUGUCAAGAGAGUCGUCUGAUCAUGGAAAGCUCAUUCAGUCACCUGUGCUCCAGCCCAAGCCUGCACCAUCUCUAGAUGAAGAACAGCACCACACUCCUUCUCCUGAACCCAGCUAUAUGCAAGACACUAGUUCUACACAAGAUUGGCCCAGCUGCUUUUGUUCUUCAAGUUGUUCCUCAUCAAGCCUCUCAUUUCACUCCUACUGCCGUGUUCCUCCCUCAACCAAAUAUCAGGAUGCUUCAACCCAAACCGAUGACAGACUGGAUGACAAAUUACCGGUGCACUCUUCUUCACCACUUCCAUCACCAAUUACAAACACUGACUUAUCAUUCACUUCUGCAACAUCUGUUAGUACAAGAGUGGGGGAGAAGGAUGUGACAUAUCAUCCCUCUGAUGAUGAUGCUGGCUCAUGUACCAGUAGUCCGCAUACAACAAGCAGCAGUAGUCAACAGAAGGCCAGAGCAGACUACUUCAUUGUGUGCUAUGAGAACAUUGUUGAGCUGUUCAAGAACAAGAGAUGCUCGAAAUGUGAUGGAGACUUGAUGAUCUACAACACCUUCUCUACUGGCUGUGCCCUCACCAUUAAAUAUACCUGUCCUAGGUCCCACUGCGGAGUUUGGCACUCUCAACCCCACGUCGGCUCCAGCACUUCUUUCGAGGGAAACCUUCUCCUCCCCGCUGCAAUUCUCUUAGCUGGUGGUACUUUCACCAAAUUUGCCGAUAUUGCACAGACAUUCCACCUGCAGUGUUUUGGCGAGACUCAGUUUAAAGAAGUGCAGAGAAAAGUGCUCUUGCCAGUCAUUGAUGAGUAUUAUUUGGCUGAGCAGCAGGGAGUGCUGUCUUUGUUUUGUAACAAGGAAGGUGAAGAUGACAAGGUCACUCUAUUGGGGGAUGGGAGAUGUGACUCGCCGGGCUAUAAUGCAAAAUACUGCAGCUACACAUUCAUGGAGGAACAGAGCCAGUACAUUGUUGAUUUCCAACUUGUGCAAGUAUCCGAAGUCACUAGUUCGCAGGCCAUGGAAAAGAAGGGCUUCCUGAGGUCAUUGGAGUUCCUGCAGAAUGAGGGGAUGCACAUCGACUGCAUUGCUACAGACCGGCAUGUAGGAGUAAGGGCUGCCCUGAAGCAGCGGCAAUAUAGUCAUAUAGACCACCAGUUUGACAUAUUCCACAUGGCCAAAUCAGUGAAGAAGAAACUGGCGGAACAUGCAAAGACAAGGAGCAAGGCAGUCCUGUUUCCAUGGAUAAAGGCUGUUUCCACGCACCUGUGGUGGUGCGCCAGCACUUGUGGGAACGAUGAUGUGAUACUGCGAGAGAGGUGGACAAGUGUAGCCAGACAUGUCACCAACCAACACGACACGUUCGAAGAGAACCACACCUUCACAGAGUGUGAGCAUCCCCCCCUCUCAGAAGAGGACAGGGCGGACAUCAAGUGGCUACAGGCAGGAUCUCCGGCGCACAAGGCCCUGUAUGAAGUGGUGAAUGAGCCUGCACUCCUGAGAGACUUGUCACACCUAUCUAGGUUCAAACACACAGGGGCCCUUGAGGUGUUCCAUGGUAUGCUGCUCAAGUAUGCUGACAAGCGUCACCACUUCCCAUACCAUUCAAUGAAGGCAAGGCUGCAGCUGGCAGUGCUGGACCAUAAUGAGAAUGUGCACCGAAAACAGGCAACAACAAAGCAUGGGGACCAAAAGUGGGAUGUGGCAUGGUCAAAAAGGGCGGCAGAGUGGACCUCAAGGAGGAAGUACCAGACAAAGACCUUUUCUUUCAGGGAAGACUUGAUGAAGGCGGUGAUGGAGAGCGCUUCGGUGGGCAGUUAUCGCAGGGGGCAGCACGUCUUGCCUAACCCAGAUGUUGGGAGGCGCAACAUUGCCCCAGUCGAACGUCCGGAUAAAGCUGCCCUUGUGGAGAAAUACUUGAGUCGGUUCCAGGGUCACUGAAGACCAUGAUCUGAUCAUUUUAUAACCUGUUCACUCUUAUGAUGGAACAACACUGUUGGAACAUAGCAGAGAAUGUAAUUUUCCAUCAUUAUGGGGCAAUAUCUAAAGGCUGUGCUCCACAAUAUAAUUCCUUGGUAGCUAUGUAUGCUGGUUGAAAUCUGUAUGUAUCGUUAGGCAUUCAUGUUAAUGCACCACAUGAGUAAGAAGUUCAUAACCAAGGCACUACUUUACCCUCUUACUUAUCAUAUACGUUGUCUUAGACUGACCACUGAAGAAAGCUGAAAUAUUCAUCUUCUGUGUAACCUGGAGGGUGCAUGACUCCAUUAUUUAUUUAUUUUAAAAAAAUGAUGAAACACUUCUGUUAAGUGUACAUUAAUUAAGUGUUUUGUUUAUGGUGAUUUUUUUCAUCAACUGUUAUUGUUGUAGUGUUUAGUGUGUUGUAUUUUUUGUGUGCAUAUUGGCAAUGGUAAUUUUAAUACAGAAAACUAUUUCACAAAGUCUGCAUUACAGAAAUAGGCCUUAUAGGCUAGCAAUUUUGAUAAUUCAAUCUUUCUGUGUAAUAGAUCAGUAUUGAGUCCCUCAACUUAUUCACUUCUUAUUAGUUUCAUAUUCAUAGUUUCAUAUUCAUAUUCAAUGGUCUUCCUUGUGUUACCUAGUAGAAUUAUCCAACUAUUACAACAUGUUCUGGCCCUGUCCCAUCUUCUUUGAGAUUUGUUGCAUUGGUCAAAUUUUGAAUAAACACAUA